AAGGAGAGAUAGUACCCCCAAAACCUAUGCCUCCUGUCACGCCUCUGGUGUACUCACUGAAAAAACAGAAAAAUAUGCGUACUUGAAUGCAUUGUGACAUUUUGUGUUUGCUGAUACCAAGCGUAGUUCCUGGGAGCACUGUACUGCUGGGACUUGGGUGUGAGAAAGAUCCCCGAACGCUGCCCAAAAAUGUGGAGAUGGCUUGCAGUGACCAUUAUGAUAUACGGAUGUUCCAGCCAAAUGAUGUUUGACUAUAGUGAAAAUCAAUGCGUUACAUUUCCUCCUGACCCUGAAGCAUAUAUGAAUGUGACACAACUAAUCAGCUACCGAGGAUAUCCUAGUGAGGAAUAUGAGGUCGUCACUGAAGAUGGGUACAUCCUAACUGUCAACAGAAUACCACAUGGUUCUAGGCAUCAGUCUGGAGGAACUAAACCAGUGGUAUUCCUACAGCAUGGCCUGCUUUCGGAUGCCAGCAACUGGGUCACAAACUUUGAAUACAAUAGUCUGGGCUUCAUCCUGGCAGAUGCAGGUUAUGACGUGUGGAUGGGAAACAGUCGGGGUAAUACCUGGUCUCGGAGGCACAAGACUCUGUCCCCUACAGACAGCGAAUUCUGGGUUUUUAGUUAUGAUGAGAUGGCAAAGAAAGAUCUUCCUGCAGUGAUAGAUUUUAUUUUGCAAAAAACGGGCCUGAAGCAAUUAUAUUACAUUGGUCAUUCACAGGGCACUACUAUAGGAUUCAUUGCAUUUUCUACCAUUCCAGAACUGGCAAAUAAAAUUAAAUUAUUUUUCGCUCUUGCUCCUGUGGCUACUGUUAAAUAUCCCAUUGGUCCUGCUGCAGCUGCCAGAUGCUUACCAACUUUUUUAGUUAAGCCAUUGUUCGGUGAUAAGAUCUUCAUUCCACAAUCAAAGCUUACUAGGUUCCUUUCCAGAAAAUUUUGCAAUCAUUUACUAUUGGAUGAACUAUGUGGCAAUGUCUUCUUCCUCUUGUGCGGGUUUAAUGAACAGAACUUAAACAUGACUCGUGUCCAUGUGUACACUUCCUUUUGUCCUGCUGGAACCUCUGUACAAAAUAUGAAACACUGGUUACAGGCUAUCCACACUGGGAGACUACAGGCUUUUGAUUGGGGCUGUGAGGGAAAUCAGAAGCAUUAUAACCAGAGCACUCCUCCUUUGUAUGAUGUGACAAACAUGACAGUCCCCACGGCUCUCUGGAGCGGAGAAAAUGAUUGGCUUGCUGACCCGCUGGAUGUAAAUUUAUUGAUCCCUAAAAUCAGGAACUUGGUCUAUCAGGAAGAGAUACCAAAAUGGGAGCAUCUAGAUUUCAUAUGGGGUCUUGAUGCUCCACAAAAGUUAUACCAAAAAAUCCUUGAGCUCCUGAAAAUAUAUACAUGAUCUCCAUUACAUAUGACAGAUACCUGGAACUAGAAUAUUCUGUAAGGAGAGAAAGGAGAAACAUCUUCAACCCUUUUGCAAAUAUUUUCAAAUGUAGGGGGUGACCCAUGUAACAUGUACCAUUUUACUGAAAACAAGCUUAGAUCAUAGUAUGAAUUUCAAUAUAAAAAGUUUUAUUAUUUGUAAUAGUUUUAUGUUGUUUAUAUGAUAGUAUUUAGUCAAUGUGAUCUAUUUUAUGUAGGCUGCAUGUCUAGUAAAUUAAGGAGCACAUUUAUUAAGACCGGCGUUUUAGAUGCCGGUCCUGAGCUGGCGGUGGAUCCUCUGAAGUUAUGUAGAGACGCAGGCCUCUUCAUAGCUUUGGCACAUCCAGCACCAGUUCU